GAUGAAUGGCGCAACAUAAGCGAGUGAAAUAAAAUAAGAAUCCCUGAAGAAAUGGGUGUUGGACACAUGUCCGGGUGGCACCAUAGUUGAUUCUGCCGGAAACCAAUAACAUGGAUCGUAGAUGCUGAGCGAGCGAGCUAGCAGGCUCCCAUUAUUUUCAAUUUUUCAUUUAAUCAUUGCAAGUCCCGUGUUACGUACCAAUAAUGGGCCAAGACACCCUCUCCGCUCAGAAGAGGGCCACCGCCACCGCCCUCCCCACCACCACCGCACUUGCCGCCUCCAAUGCAAGACGCAACCCACCGCGCUCCCGCCAGAUCUCCAAAACCUUCAACAACAUCAAGAUCACCAUCCUCUGCGGCUUCGUCACCAUCCUCGUUCUCCGCGGCACCAUCGGCGUCAACCUCGGAUCCUCCGACGCCGACGCCGUCAACCAGAACCUCAUCGAGGAGACCAACCGCAUCCUCGCUGAGAUCCGAUCCGACUCCGACCCUAACGAACCCGACGAGCCCGACAUCGCCCUCAACGCCAGCUCCUCCUUCUCCCUCGGCCCUAAGAUCCGCAAUUGGGACCGCGAACGCCAGCAGUGGCUCCAAAACAAUCCUGAAUACCCUAACCUCGUUCGCGGCAAGCCACGGAUCUUGCUCCUCACCGGAUCCCCGCCCAAACCCUGCGAUAAUCCCAUCGGCGACCACUACCUUCUCAAAUCCAUCAAGAACAAGAUCGAUUACUGCAGAAUUCACGGCAUCGAGAUCGUUUACAACAUCGCUCAUUUGGACAAGGAACUCGCCGGUUAUUGGGCCAAAUUGCCGAUGAUUAGGCGGUUGAUGCUCUCACACCCUGAGGUCGAGUGGAUUUGGUGGAUGGACAGUGACGCCUUCUUCACCGACAUGGUUUUCGAGCUUCCCUUCUCCAAGUAUGAGAAUUACAAUUUAGUCCUCCACGGUUACCCUGAUCUCUUGUUCGAGCAGAAGUCUUGGAUUGCCGUCAAUACGGGCAGCUUCCUCUUUAGGAAUUGCCAGUGGUCCUUGGAUUUGCUUGAUGAGUGGGCCCCCAUGGGCCCAAAAGGACCCAUCAGGGAGGAAGCCGGCAGGAUCCUCACUGCCAAUCUCAAAGGCCGCCCAGCAUUUGAGGCCGACGAUCAGUCUGCCCUCAUAUAUCUCUUGCUGUUCAAGAAAGUGUGGAUGGAGAAGGUUUUCCUUGAGAAUUCUUACUAUCUGCACGGCUACUGGGCUGGGCUUGUCGACCGCUACGAGGAGAUGGCGGAGAAGUAUCAUCCGGGGCUUGGCGACGAGAGGUGGCCGUUUGUGACGCAUUUCGUGGGCUGCAAGCCUUGUGGGAGCUAUGGGGAUUACCCUGUGGAGAGGUGCCUCAGCAGCAUGGAGAGGGCCUUCAAUUUCGCUGAUAAUCAGGUGCUCAAGCUCUACGGGUUCAGUCAUCGCGGGCUUUUGAGCCCCAAGAUCAAGAGGAUCAGGAAUGAGACUGUCACUCCUUUGGAAUUCGUAGACAGGUUCGAUAUAAGGAGACAUCAUCCAAGCACCACUCAAUCAAAGAGCUAGUGAUUGGUGAGAAACAUGUUUUGGUGAUGAUUGAUGAUGUUACAGGGCAAUAAUUAGAAUUGGAAUUUGAUUAUUUCUUGUUGUUGGCUCGGAUUGCCCCUUUUGUGAACUGUUAUAGGAUGAAAUUCUUUCAUAAGUUAUAUAUCUCCCUGUUACCAUGUUUUUGAGUAAUCAGUAAGCAAAAACAAAUUUUAUUUACGGAGAUGAAUGAUUGAUAUGCUUGUAUACUGAGCACCCACAUUGUAUUCUCUCUUCUUCUUGGCCAUGAAUUCAUGCCCCUAAUUUAUUCUUCCAUGUUUGGAAGUGAAUCCUUUUGAUA